AUGGUUGUGGCAGAGGAAGAAGAGGUGAAUUCUUGGGCUUGUUUUGUGCUUCAGAUCCCUCUUAUGUACCUGAUAGGAAUGGUGGUAGCUCUGAUACUCUUGAUUGCAUUGAUCAUUGCCUAUAAAACGCUUCGCAAAAGACAUUUCUAUUACGGCUACGGUUGUGAUGGUUUAGAAGAAGAGAAUGAGAGGUUAUUGGGCACAUGUCUGAAAAAGACAUCCACCUAUUACCAAUGGAAUCGAACGCCACCGCCAUGCUAUUCAGCAUCAUUUCCGGUCAAUUCCGAAAGUAAAUCCUCAUGGGAACAACGGAGGACUGAUUUGUUAAAGAAAUAUGCUGCAGCAGGUAGACAAUCAGACGAAGAAACAUAA